AGCACAUCUCCCAAGAAAGCACUCACGAUGCCGUCCUUCGCCGCGGCGCUCUUCUCCUGCGCGCUCGUCAUCGCGUCGGGUUAUUUUGCGGGGCGCGUCAAGGUCAUCCGCGUCGAGGGCGAGGGCCCGCGGGCGUUGGGCACCUUCAUCGGCCGGUUCUCCCUGCCGGCGCUGCUCUUCAAGGAGCUCGCGACGCUGAGCUUCGCGUCCAUCGACGUCCACCUCCUCGUCGCGAUCGCGACGGGCAAGGCCGCCGUCUUCUUCGGAGUGCUCCUCUGCACGGCGCUCCUCGAGUCGCGGCGCGGCGGCGACGCGACGCAGCAGCGCAAGGUCGUCGCCGUGUCCGCGUUGCGCGCCAUCUUCUGCACGCAGUCCAACGACUUCGCGCUGGGCCUGCCGGUG